AUCCCGAAACUUGGCGUAGCCCCACGUUACGGAGACGCUUCUGCACCUUUCAGCGGUCUUUCUGGGUUCUCUAUCGAUUCUUGGCUGGACACGGAAGGAACCAUAGUCCUGGAACACAUCAUCGCGACGAGCUUUUCAACUCCCUCCUCCGAUCCAGCAACAUCGAACCCUGAACAAUGUCCCUCGAGAGACUCCGACUCGAACUUGUGCCACCAUCAUACGACGUGUAUGCAGCACUCUUUCGGGAUGUGACCAACAGCGAAUUCCUCCACGCCCAACUACUCUCCCGAAACAGCGACUUCGAAUACGCCUUUGUGGAUGCCUCCUCAGUCGUCUCUAGGCUGCACCUGCUCUCGGCCGUCUACAAUGCGCUCAACGCUUUGGUAGACGGGACACUGCGGACACCCAACGUGCACUCCGAGAUUGUGGUGUCAUUGAACACGAACAACAAUAUCUCGGAUGCCUACCGAAGAUGGGGCAUAACGCCCGGCAAGACCAAAGACCUAAUCGUGGUGAAAGUUGUGCUGUCCACAACUGCGCACGAGCCAAUACCGACGCAAACACAGACACAAGAAGCCAUCUGGACCCACCUCACCCAACAUAUCCAAGGCACGCCGGCGCCCCUGACCGACGAGGAGCUCUCCCAGGUGACAGACUGGCCCAAAGUGCGCAAGUACUACCGCCUCAACGGCGUGCCGGCGCUGGACAGGCUUGCCGACGAGGGCGAGAGGCGGAAGCAGAGCGAGACGCUCGCGAUUAUGGGGAUGGCAUUGCGGGGGCUAUGACCAGAUCAAGAGUGGCUGAGGGAGAUAAAAAGCAAAAAGAAGCAGUGAUGAAUGGCACUGGUUCCCGCCGCGAAACAUGGCUGCUGCAUGGGUACUCUGGAGGCUUCCAUCCGCAGAAAGAGAUGGGGUGGGAAGGGGUAGAUGGAUGGAGAGGAGGGUGCGAGGGAAAUCCGAUCGGCUGAUGAGGGAAAGCCCCCCGCCGCCACCUAACAAUGUACUACGGUGGGCGUCGCUCGCGGGCGCGGCUAUUGUUCCCCAAUACUGUUCGACGCGGCGCCCUAUAGUGGACGGUCCACUCUUCGAGGUCAGGUUGUCC